AUGGCUAGCGACACUGCGAACGGCGUCGCCACGCUCGGCGAAGAGCUCAGCCCUGCCCAGAAGCUGCUUCAAGAGCAUCAAAAGGAGCAGGAGAUGCACCACGCCUACGUCGAAGAUGACCCGGACGAGAGUGGUGCUGCCAAAGCAACUGCUCCAGCGGCUGCUCCAUCUGUCCCCGCCCCAACCGAUUCGUCUGGUGCUAACGCUCCGUCCGCCGAGCCUGUUAUGUCCUCCAAGGCUGCGGGAAAGCAGCCGAUGCGUGAAGAGCAGACAACUGCUGGCGCAAGCAAGCCUCGCAUCGAUACCGCCUCCGAAGAAGCCUUCCCAGCUCUGAGCGCUCCAAAAGCGCAGGCAGCGGCAGCUCCGAACAUGUGGUCGAAGAAGCCAGCAGCCGUCGGCAAGGCGGCGAACGGCAUGGCGAACGGCGCACCCAACGGUAACUCGGCCUCGAAUCUUCCAGGCCGCCAGAAGGAGCAGAUUGUCUUGCCAAUCUCCAUGAUGACCCCUCGUAACCAGCUGAAGAAGCCGAUGCCUGACAUCAUCCGUGACAUCAACAAGCGCUCCAAGGCUACCAUCGCUUACAGACCUGGGCCAGCUGGAAACCUGAUCUUCGAAGGCACUGGGCCUACCGAUGCCGUCCGCACCUCACUCAAGGAGGUUGUUAACCAGCUCUGCUCUAACCAGAAAGUCCAAGUCCCUAUUCCUGUCUCAGUUCGUGGCAGAGUCGUUGGCAAGCAAGGGGCUACCAUCCAAGCCAUUUCGAAGAAGACGGGUGCUAAGAUUAACAUCUCCAAGCAGGAGGCCGCAGAGCUUCUCGAGGAGGAUGAUGCAACGGUUGACGUGACAAUCGAAGGCGACCCAUUUGCGGUUCAAAUGGCAAGGCAAGAUAUCGAGAAGAUCGUGGCGGAGCAUACAUCGACCAUCAACUCGAAGCUCAAGCAUAUUCCCGCCGAGUAUUACCCGUUUUUGGCCUCACAACAGCAGGCUCGCAUGAACGCUUUGCGCCAGCAAGGCCAGAACAUUAACAUGCAGAUUCCGCAAUAUCAUACCUGGAGUCAGCAGGCCCCGGAAGUGCCUGGCAAUCGGCAACCUGUCUCCUUCGCGCCUCAGCCCGACUUACCCAUCCAGCUCUCUGGCGACCGUCAAGCUGUUGCGGAAGCGAGGGCGGAGAUCGAGAGGCAGGUUCAGGAGCUCCAGCGGCAGCUGACGUUGGAGCAGAUGGCGCUUGAACGUGGACGACAUCAGUUCAUCGUUGGCGAGAUGGGCACAGAUCUGCAGAACUUCCUCCGCGAGACUGGGUGCUCGAUUAUUCUACCGCCGGACCACGACGAAUCCGAGAUGAUCACCAUUGUGGGCCCACCAGAUAAGAUCGAGGAAGCAGUCAACAAGGUCUAUGAUCUUGCUUCGGCUAUGCAGAGCUCCAACGCGGACAUCUCCAAGCAGUUUGCGAACGCCCCACGUGGAGCGCAGGCUCACGUUCGGGACAUGACCCGGUACUUGCAGCAGCGCCAGGCUCUUGCGGAGAUUGAGCGUAUGCACAAUGCUCGGAUCGUGCCAGACAGCACCGGAAACUGGCAGAUAUACGCUCGUGAUCCGAAGAGCAUGAUGAAGGCACGCGCCGACCUUAUGAACCUGGUCAGCGGCCAUCCACCAACUCGCUUUCAACCGGUCGAUGUCGAUCCGUACUUCCACUCCCAUUUGCGUGAGCAAGCAGCGCCGCGCAUCCGGGACGAGCACGGUGUCCAUGUGAUCGUGCCCGACGAUGAUGACUCGCCUGUACUUCUUGUCUUCGAGGACCGAGCGCCUGCGCCGGACUACGAUCUGCCACGCAGACAGCCGACUUCCCAGGAUGUACAGGCCUUCCAGCAGGCUCUCGAAGAGGCUCAGCAACAGAUCAUCAACUUAAUGAACGGACACCAAGAGAUUGUUUCUCGUGACGUGGAGGCGCCUGUCAAGUUCCAUGACAAGAUUCGACGACACGUGGACAGGCACCAUUCUGCCCUACCGGAGGGCCAGAUUCCGGUUCAGGUCAACUAUGGCGGCAUGCGUCAAGCAGGCCAGAGGGGCGGCCAAGUACCGAACGUCAGCUUACGCGGCCCCCAAGACUUUGUGGACGCGCUCAAUGAGAGCUUGCUUGCCUUUGUUGCGCAAGAGGAGCAGGAUGAGCUCGAACGCGGCUUCACGCUCACGUUUGAGUUCCCACAGCAGUACGCCAAUCACUUGAUUGGCCGCAAGGGCGAGAACAUCAACCGUCUGCGGGAGGAAUUCGACGUUGACAUUCAAGUCAGCGACGGCCAAUGUACUAUCAAGGGACCGGAAGCGAAGGCCAACGCCUGCAAAAAGCACAUCCUUGAGAUGGCGAAGAAGCUCCAAGAUGAGACUACUCACAACCUCAACAUCCCACAACAGUAUCACCGUGAUUUGAUUGGACCGGGUGGUUCUCAGAUUCACAGGCUGCAGGAUCGGUACGGUGUCCACGUCAACUUUCCUCGAACGCGCCAGACCGGCGACGAGGAGGGUGGCGACAACCGCCGAAGCCACCAGGAGCCGCAUAUAGUCGUCGUCAAGGGCCCGAGCAAGGGCGCAGACGCGUGCCGUGAUGAAUUGCUGAGUCUGCUGCAGUACGUAAAGGACAACUCCUUCACGACUACAGUGUCCGUCGCCCAGAGUCUGCUGCCUUCGCUCAUCGGUUCGGGCGGCAAGGAGAUGGAGGCCAUGCGUCUCGAGUCUGGCGCGCAUAUUGAUGUGCCCAACUCGCGCGAGAUUGGGUCUGAUGGCCGCGCGGAGAUCAAGAUUAAGGGCUCAAAGCAGGCUGUUGAGACGGCGAAGAAGAUAAUCGAGUCUAAGUCUAAGGCUUUCGAUGAUACUGUCACGAGGAAUAUGGACGUUGAUCGCAGGCAUCACAGGCUGAUCAUCGGCCCGCAAGGUUCUACCCUUCGGAAUAUCAUCUCCCAGGCCGGUGGUCCAGAUGACCCUCGCAUGCACAACCGCAUGAUCCGCUUCCCGAAGACGGAUGCCGACGGCAACAACAUUCGCCUUGAGGGUCAGAAAGCUGUUAUCGACCAGAUCUGUGCCGCUAUCGAAGCCUUGGUCCAGGAACAAGAAUCGCAGACGACGGACGUUGCUGAAGUUCACCCGGACAAGCAUCGUCUAUUGAUUGGUCGUGGUGGCGAGACGAGACGCCAGCUGGAGCAGCAGUUCGGCGUAUCUAUCAACGUUCCUCGCCAGACCGACACAGGCCCCCAGCGCUCGCACGUCCGCAUUGCAGGACAAGCUGAGAAUGUCGAGCGCGCCAAGGCGCACAUUCUGGACAUAACAAAGGAUCAAGAAGGCGAGACGAUAAACGUGCCGCGCCGCUUCCACCAUUCCAUCGCAGACAACGGCCAAUUCUUCCGUCGUCUGCGCAACGAUCACAAGGUCACUGUCGACCACGCCGGUCAGCGCCCGCCUCCAAAGCCGUCGACUCCAACACCCAACCGCAACGCCGAUGGCGGGGAUAUGCCGCUGAUCACAGACGACCCUUCCGCAAAUACCAACAGCCACUCGUGGGAGACGCACAAUCUCCACUCCUCUGCCGAGGAUGGCGAGAUCCCGUGGGUUCUCAGCGGCCCCUCGCCCGAAGCCAUCGCAGCUGCUCGUGCGAAGCUCGACCGUGCCAUGGAGGAGGCUGGGAGGCAGGAUACGGUGGGUUUCUUGAUCCUGCCGGAUCCGAGAGCGUAUAGGCAUGUCAUCGGCCCGGGCGGGAGCGUGAUCAACGGCAUUCGGAAGGAGACGGGGACCAAGAUUCAGGUGCCAAAGGAUUCGAGUAAGGGCGAAGCUAUCGAAAUUACAGGCGAUAAAGCGGGUGUGGAGGGUGCGCGGGAGCGGAUUUUGGAGGCUAUUGCGCAGGGUAUGCAGUGAGGGAAAGGUACCACUGUCGAUACAUUCGGAGGAUGAUGCCGAAGGUUUGAUUUGUACAUCGAGCGCAAUAUGGGUGGGCGUGGAGCCAGAUACUCUAGGCAUGUUGGCGGUCAAAGUGCUCUCCGUGCAUGUAGCAUAAGCAAACAGGAAAAGCAUCAUAUAUCCGUAGCAUGUACUUGUUUUACCAUCUAUUCACGCUUGAUCUUAGUUUCCGGAUAUGGAACGCCAUAUAUAACUUCUCGUGGCAAACAUGACAUAGCCUGGACAACGUAUCCUGGUCACCGACGAUCGAAGCUGGCCGUGUAAGAGCGUACAACUCUGCGAUCAACAAGCAGGCCAAUGCCCACCUUAAUCGGACUGCGAACAGCGAAGACAUCAUGUCACGU